AUGAGUGAUGGCUCUUUUAUUCGCACGUUAAAUUGCUCAAGCAAUAAUACCGGUGUAAAAUUUGCAUUACUUCCAAACGAUUAUAUAGUUGGUCAAUGUGGAAAUAAUAUGUUCAACGUUUGGAAUUCAUCUGAUGGAAAACUUGUAAUCAACUUCAAUAUAAGCAAUACUUAUCAUAUUGUACCACUGAUAGUAUUAAGUAAUGGUUACAUAGCAAGUGGCACUUGGUUUGCCCAGAUUCAGAUAUUAAAUCCAAUGACUGGUUCAUUAAUAACUAAAUCAUCAGUGAGUGUUACUUCUCUCGCUUUGAUACAAUUAACUAAUGGCAACAUAGCCAAUGCUGAUUGGGAUUAUACAAUAAAAAUAUUUAAUACAACUACUGGCGAUCUUGUUUUUAAUUUAGUUGGUCAUACAGGUCCUGUAAAUUGCUUUGAAUUAUUAAGUAAUGGAUAUCUAGCAAGCGCAUCUAGUUAUGGAGAUGCCUAUUCCGGUUAUUUUAAUGGUGAUAAAAGAAUAUUAAUAUGGAAUCCAAAUAAUGGGUCACUUGUUCAAACAUUAACAGAACAUACGGGUUUUGUAAUGUGUUUGAAACUAUUAAACAAUGGUUAUUUGGCUAGUGGCGCUCAUGAUAACACAAUAAAGAUAUGGAAUCCAAAUAAUGGCUCUGUAAUACGUACGCUAACAGGACAUACUGGUUAUAUUUUCGAACUUUUAUUACUAAGAAAUGGUAAUUUAGUGAGUGGUUCUAGUGAUAAAACAAUAAAAGUAUGGAAUAUAACCACUGGCAGUCUUCUUUACACAGUACAAGGAAAUACAUACAGUGCAUCUCCCGCGAAUACAUACAAUUAUCAAUUAUUAAUUUAA